AUGGCUGUUGAUGCUGAGCUUGAGCACCUGGCUGAGAUAGCCUGUGCAGGCUUCUACAACAAACCCUUCUUCUCUGCUGACCAGGGUGUUGUGGUGAUGCUAGGGAAGAAUAUCUCCCUGCAGUGCAGUUCAGCAUACAUUCCAUUUGAUAGAUUUUCACUGAUCAAGGAAGGAGGAGCCACCCUGUCACAGAACCAAAAUGGCAGACACCAAGGCAACUUCAUUCUACGUCCUGUGAACCAAAGCUUCUCAGGGAACUACAGGUGCUAUGAUAUAAUGAAACAAGAUUACACAAUGGGGAAUUUGAUCCGAAUGGGUGUGGCAGUGCUGGCUGUGGUUCUCUUGACCAUACUGGUUGAAAAUUGGCACAACCAUCAGGCUCCACACAAGGAGGACUGUCCAGAUUUUCCUGAACUGAGCCAGAGUAAACAGAAAUGUCAGACAUAA